AUGUCUGUGGCAAAGGAAGGUCUCACAUUAAAAAAAUUCACGGGUUUGUGUGAUCUUCAAGAGAAGAAUGGUCUAGAUAUAGGAAAUAAUUAUCGCGACGAAAUUAAAUCUAAAGAGUUUGUCUCCAGCAUUGCUGCUAUUGAACAGGAGAAGUAUGCAAAGGAAAUCAGGGAUGCCAGGUUUCUGUGUGUUUUGGCAGAUGGUGCCACAGACAAGAGUGUCACAGAGCAGUUGACUGUUUUUGUACGUUAUACUGAUUCAAAUGGGAGACCAUCGACACAGUUUACUGACCUUGUCUCUCUUCAGUCUGCCGAUGCUACAGGUAUAACAGAUGCUAUUACUAAAGGACUUGAAGCUGUACAGGUUGAUGAAAGUGUGUUGAGUGAAAAGUUAGUAGGCUACAAUUUUGAUGGGGCCAAUGUUAUGAUUGGGGCCAAGGGUGGAGUGAGUAAGAAGCUGGAGGAUAAAGUUAGUCACCCAAUAUGCAUCAUCCACUGUGUAGCUCACAAACUGGAACUGGCUGUACUUGAUGCUGUGAAGAGGUGCCCUUACCUUUCAACAUUUGAGGACACAGUUAAAGAGGUAUACAAGUUUUAUUAUUAUUCUCCAAAACGACGAAGAGAGGUUAACGAGAUUGCCAAUAUAAUCGAUGAAGAUUCGGUCUAUUACAGCGGUCUGCAGAAGACCAGGUGGCUGGCAAGCAGAUACCGCGCUAUUACUGCCUUGGAGAAGCACUAUGUCACUACUGUUAUGCACCUGCAGCAUAAAACAGGAUCCACUGGUGAAGAUGGGGCACGUGCCACGGGAAUUCUGAAACAAUUACUGUCCGAGAAGUUUGUCAAACACCUGUACUUCUUGUUGGAUCUGAUGAAGAUUUUGUCAGAGCUGAGUAAAUCAUUCCAACAGGAUAAACUUUGCAUAACAGAUGUAGUUGCCAAACUAGAGACGACCGUGACCAUGUUAGAGGAGUUGAAGCUGCAAAGGGGAGCUCAUUACAGAAAGUUUGUGGAGAGUUAUUCUGAGGAAACGGCAGUGCUCAUGUGUGGCAAGGACAAAGGACACCAACUAAAACUGACAAAUGCAGGCAACAUGCUUGAUCAACAGUUUGACACUUUUCUUACAGAAGUCCUAAAUUACUUGAAGACAAGGUUUGGAAAUCUUCAGGAGAAACCCUACAGCUUGUUCAGGAUAUUCGACCCACGAGACAUGCCACAGACCCUAGCGGCCUAUGGGUAUAAUGAAAUUCGUUCCCUUGUUCAGUACUUGGGGUACCUCCUUACUGGGAAAGAGAAGGAAAACAUCCUUGACCAGUGGCCC